AUGCCUGUUGAGAAAGAUCCCCCUGUCGCCACGGCGGACUACGAUGCAUCCGACUGCGCCAUCGACGACUCCGACGAUGGCGACGAGCUGUAUGUCGAGAUCCAGAAAUCGAUCUCUGACCUCAAGAAGAGACGCGCCUCGGGCCGUGUCAGUCUGCAUGAUUUGCCGUUCCGCUGGAGCCCUUUGAUUCUGCCUCUGACCGAGUCCAAUGUCAACUCCUGCGUCGUCCUCGAGGAGGCUGCUUUCCCCAACCCUGAUCACCGCGCUACGCGCGAGAAGUUCGAGUACCGCCUCUCAACCUGCUCCAACAUCUGCAUUGGACUGUUCUGUAGCAUUGUCCCGAGCAAGGUCGAUGGCUUCCCCCUCCCGACAUUCGCAGUCGCCAAUGUUGUCGAGACUGGUCGCGCCGACAAUGCCAGGAUGGUUCUGUUCGGCCACGUCAUUGCGACCCUCGGCAACGGCCCCGUUAUCACGGACGAGGACAUGGCCUACCCCGAAAACUGGCGCGAUCAGAAGUCACCCAAAGACUCGAGGCUUGGCCACAAGGUCAUGGGUCGCACCGUCUGCCUUCACUCCUUCGCCAUUCUUCCCAAGGUGCAGAACUGCGGCCUGGGCAGGCUGCUCAUGAAGGCAUACCUUCAGCAGAUCAACGAGUCCGGCAUUGCCGAUCGAGUCGCUCUGAUAUGCCAGGACUGGUUGGUUAGUUACUACCAGCGCUUUGGCUUCAAGUGCCUGGGCCGCAGCAAGGCUUCCUUCGGUGGUGGUGGUUGGAAUGACAUGGUCAUCGACCUGUGCGGUCCGCAGAAGAAGUCCGCCGAUGCCCUCUCGACCAAAGACGCGUAG